AUGUCUCCGUCUACUUGCCAUUGCGAGUCGGAGCCAUCAGGCUUCUGCUACAUCAACGUACGUACGCCGAGACAAUUACCUAAUGUGUGGUAUGGUAUGUGUGGAUUGUUAACGACAUUGUGUUGGCCAUCUUAGGGCUUCUCAAGUACCCCUCCCGCGGAAUGUAUGUGGACAUCGACAUUCAUCACGGUUGGCGACCCUCCUCCCGAGCUGGAGGCUCUUCUGGUUCUCAUCGAAGGCAGAGGCCGAGCUGGAAUCGCUGCGAGACUAUCAGCAGCAGCUUUCGCAGAUUCUGGGGAGGGAUGGGCUGCGGGUGCAGCGACUGAACGACAUCGUGCAGGUGCGUGCGUGGGUGGGAGGUUGGCUGCAUGCAGACGGAUGCAUGUGUGUUUGUGCAUUCCUGUCCUCAGAAUUGGGUUGCUACGCUCGAGGGGGGCAUCGAUGGGGAACCGACGGGUGGGUCCAAUGCACGUGUGUGCCUUCCACACCGACACUCACUUGCUUCGUUUGUCCACAGGCGGCGAGGGGCAGGAUGA